CGGAUUCUUGAAAAUAAAACACUCGAUGUGAGUACCGGUUAUGACCAGGCCAAAGCUCUCGAUCUAGCUCAACAGCAGUCUCAAACAUUCGCCCGAGCCACUCCUCCAAUCUACGCUGCCGCUGCAAGCGCCCUGGAUCAGACAACUGAGACGACGUUGGCUGUGUCCCGAACAAGCUGCUUCUUUUGUGGUUAUGAUCGACAUCCUCGUCACAAGUGUCCUGCGAAAGAUGCAACUUGCAAGUCGUGUGGCAAACGGGGACAUUUUCAGAAAGUUUGCCGGGCUCCUGCCAACUCAAGGCAUACCGCAGCUACCUCACCGUUCCUCGUCUCCUCCAUCAGUGCAGCCGCAGCCCCUGCGAGCCUUACUAACGCUGUUACUGAUGUAACAGUCAACGGAUUAGCAUUAAAAGCUUUGGUAGAAACAGGAAGCUCAGAAAGUUACGUAUCUGAGGAGAUCGUUCUCCGGAACAAAUGGUCGACAUUGACAUCCAAUAGUAAGAUUGUCNCUGGCUUCCACCCGUACGACAAGCUGUACCAGGGGUCAUUGUUUCGUCUCCCUAAUACAUGA